AUGGCGGGAAAUCCAUUUAUGCUGCCGGUUGGGUAUCGCUUCUGUCCCACAGAGGAAGAACUUGUUUGCUUUUAUCUUCAAGAGAAGCUUCACAAAACGCUGCCCGUUAUUGUAGACGCAUUUAUAAAAACCCUUGAUGACCUUUAUAGCGAUGAGCCUUGGAAUAUUUUCUGCAACGAGACGCCGGUAAAUGGUUACUUCUAUGUUUUCACCAAGUUGAAGUCAAGGAGCGCAAAGAGAAGUAUGAGAACAACUCCUUCCGGAACCUGGACAGCCCGGAGUUCUAAGGACAUCCCUUGCCGUAAUAUUACGUAUGUGAAGAAAGAUUUUGUCUUUAAAGCAAAGGGUAAAGAAGCUUCUUCCUCGAAUGGCCACUGGACUAUGUUGGAGUUCUCAUUAAAAGAUGAACGGUUUAAGGGAGAUUAUGUCAUUUGUAAAAUCAAACGUGCAGAAAAUUCUGAACAAGGAACGGCGGCAACUGUUCCUUUUCUUGAUGGGAAGAAGGAUGGGAAGAAGAGAAAAUCUUCUGUUGAGAAAGAAGAAGAGAACGACAACUCAAAGAAGAUGCGACAGGACAAUCUGAGUCCUGUAAACUCUAACUCUAGCUGGCAUCUUUCAAAUGAGGGUUUGGUUGAUUACAAUAGCAGUGAGAAGUAA